AGGUGGUAGCGGCGCCGGGCGCGCUCCGCCCGCCCCUCCUCCGGGCCGCAUCGGGCUCCGGCGCGCGCGGGGACAUGUCGGUGGCGACGGGCAGCAGCGAGGCGGCCGGUGGGGCCGGCGGCGGCGGCGCGCGGGUUUUCUUCCAGAGCCCCCGGGGCGGCGCCGGCGGCAGCCCGGGUUCGAGCAGCGGCUCAGGCUCCUCCCGGGAGGACUCGGCGCCCGUGGCCACGGCGGCCGCUGCCGGGCAGGUUCUGCCGCAGCCGCAGCCGCAGCAGCAGCGGCGCCACCAGCAGGGAAAAGUGACAGUGAAAUACGAUCGUAAGGAGCUUCGGAAGCGGCUGGUGCUGGAGGAAUGGAUCGUGGAGCAGCUGGGUCAGCUAUACGGCUGCGAGGAAGAAGAAAUGCCAGAGGUAGAAAUUGACAUUGAUGAUCUUCUUGAUGCAGACAGUGAAGAAGAGAGAGCUUUAAAAUUACGGGAAGCUCUCGUAGACUGCUACAAACCAACAGAGGAAUUUAUCAAGGAGCUGCUCUCUCGGAUAAGAGGCAUGAGGAAACUGAACCCCCCGCAGAAGAAGCCUGUAUAAUUCCAGCACACGGCAGAACUCUCCCGGAGACCAAGAAAGUGUCCUGGGAUUUGGACUUCUUGAAGAGUUUUACUGAAGGAUAGUUGUCCUUAUGAGCAACUUUUUUUUUGGCGGGAGGGAGUCUAUUAGAAGUCAAUUCAAGAGCGUUCCUUUUUUGGUUUUUAAAGGUUUGUGUUAGUGUAAUAUUUUAAUAGCAAAGAUCACGACUCUGAUUUCAGCCCAAUCUGGGAUUAUCAAACUAGGCAGAUGUCCAAGGAUGGGCUGGGCCAGGCAGCAUUUUCUUUGAGAAAUCAGAUGUUUAGGACCUAAGUAUACAGGGACGAUGGUUUUUUACAACUGGUUGGUAACACUUUUUUCUUAAAUUGUACAUUUGACUCAGAUGUGGAAUUUCUCAUACUUGUAUAUAUCUACACACGACUAAGUUAAAAUGUAAAUGUGAGUUUUAUUUCACAUGGAUGGAAUAAACUUGUCUUCGUCCUUCACUGGAGGUCACAGCACGUGUGUUUUCAAGAGGCCACUAGCUAUUCUUCCUGUGCGUGCUGCUCACUUUCAGCAUUCACUUAAUGCACCAAAGUGAACGAGUUCAGCGUAUCCGUUAUUUUAAUGAGCUACACUACAAACACGUUGAGUUGGUCAAGGGCUUAUUUAUGGACUUUAUAUUAUUUCAUUAGUUGGGAUGCUUUGCCAGGUCAUGUCUGAUUGCCUCAUUUGUGGUGUUUUAAAGUUUUAUGAACCCUUAAUUUGAAGAACUAUUUGGAUUUCUGGAGAAAUGCCCACACUACCUGAGUGGUGUUUUGCAAUGGGAAAUGGAAGUGCUGUGUAGCAGUUAAUUCUCUGCUUUCAAUCAAAUACUGUGUAUUAUUCUCUCUCCACGAACGCAGGUCAUAAGGAAGUUAGCAGAUUAUAUAUCUUCCUCCUUAGAAGUAGAUUCUGGUCACUUCUGUGCCUGGGUAGCAUCUGACCAGAGGGGGAGAACUGAGGGUUGAGCGAGUACGGAGGUGAGAAGGUCUCGCCUUCUCUCAAGAAAGUUGAUACAAGAGCAUUUGCCGGUGCGGAAGCAUGGUGGAGAUUGCAUUUCUGGCUUUGCUCACUGGCGUGUGGUGAGGACUCCGGCUCCUGGCCCUAAUUGUGUACCCCGAUCCACUUGCUUGCAGCUAGGUCUGGGGCACCUGCCCUGCCUCUCGAGAUUAUAUACCUUGGACAAGGAUCAAAAUUCAGAUGGAUGUGGGCGGAGGAAAAGAUCGGAGUAGAAACUCUCCCUCUUCCAGGAGCCCCUGCUGCGUCCCCACAGAAACCCUGCCUACCGUAAGAUGUCUCUAGGUGGCCCUGUCAGAGGACGGGGUCAGGCGUUUUAUAUCAAGGGUGCUCUGAACAUAUUUUAUUUUUUAAAAGAACUAUGUUUGUGAAUUUUCUGUAUACUGGCAAGCUUUGGAAAAUGUAUUUAAUUUUGUAAUGUUUACCAAUGAUUUAUUUACAAGCUAUUUACUCGAAUAAAUGGAGCUGCUUACAACUUGCUUACA